ACUCUCAUUGCUUCUCUCUCUCCCUCUCUUACUCAAAACUCCAUUGCCUACAGUUAUCUGGCUACCGUUGGCACCGGAUUCUUUAACGAAAAUGGUGUUUUCAACGGAUGGUCGGAUCUCUCUCUCAGCUGUGGGCCGCGUAUGUGCCGGCGCGGGAUUGGCUAAGAGGAAUGGGACACUCACCAAGUUUGGUAAUGGAGAGCUGAUGGGGAAGAAGCUGAAAUUGAACCAGCUUUGCAUGUGGUCUGACCCCAAGAGAACCAGACCAUAUGUGUGCAUGUCUUUGACUACUAGUGUCGCAGGUGAGCCUAAGCUGAGGGAUUUGGAUUUGGAGAAGCGGAAUCCACGAACGGUGGUGGCGGUGAUUCUAGGUGGAGGAGCUGGGACCCGUCUCUUCCCUCUCACCAAGAGAAGAGCUAAACCUGCGGUGCCCAUCGGAGGUGCAUAUAGAUUGAUUGAUGUGCCAAUGAGCAACUGCAUAAACAGUGGAAUCAAUAAAGUUUACAUUCUCACUCAGUUCAACUCUGCAUCACUUAAUAGGCAUCUUGCCCGAGCUUACAACUUUGGCAAUGGAGUGAACUUCGGAGAUGGGUUUGUUGAGGUUCUAGCAGCCACUCAAACUCCAGGAGAGGCAGGCAUGAGGUGGUUUCAGGGGACUGCGGAUGCUGUGCGACAGUUCCAUUGGAUUUUUGAGGAUGCCAGAGCCAAGGAGAUUGAGGAUGUAUUGAUUCUCUCCGGAGAUCAUUUGUACCGUAUGGACUAUAUGGACUUUGUUCAGGGUCAUCGUCAAGGUGGCGCAGAUAUUACUAUUGCAUGUCUCCCUAUGGAUGACAGCCGUGCCUCAGACUUUGGUUUAAUGAAGAUAAACAACAAAGGAAGGGUUCUUUUCUUUAAUGAAAAGCCCAAAGGAGAGGAAUUGAAGGCAAUGGCGGUGGAUACUACAGUUUUGGGCCUGUCACGAGAGGAGGCUGAAAAGAAACCAUACAUUGCUUCCAUGGGAGUGUAUAUCUUCAAGAAGGAGAUACUCUUGAAUCUUCUAAGAUGGCGUUUUCCUACUGCAAAUGACUUUGGAUCUGAAAUAAUACCUGCCUCAGCUAAAGAGUUCUUCAUCAAGGCAUAUCUGUUCAAUGAUUAUUGGGAGGAUAUUGGGACCAUUAGAUCCUUUUUCGAGGCAAAUCUUGCCCUUACUGCACAUCCACCAAACUUCAGUUUCUAUGAUGCAACAAAGCCAAUGUACACAUCACGACGAAACUUACCACCCACAACGGUUGACAGCAGCAAGAUUGUUGAUUCCAUUAUCUCCCAUGGAAGUUUCUUGGAUCAUUGCAUGAUAGAGCACAGUGUCGUUGGUAUCCGAUCUCGAAUAAACUGUAAUGUGCACCUAAAGGAUACUGUGAUGCUUGGAGCUGACUACUAUGAAACUGGUGUUGAAGUAGCAUCAUUGUUGGCUGAGGGAAGGGUUCCGAUUGGAAUAGGAGAGAACACCCGAAUCAGGGACUGUAUCAUUGACAAGAAUGCAAGGAUUGGAAAGAAUGUUGUCAUUGCUAAUUCUGAGGGCAUACAAGAAGCUGACAGAUCUUUAGAAGGGUUCUACAUCCGUUCUGGCAUCAUCAUCAUAUUGAAGAACUCAACAAUCAAGGAUGGGUUUGUCAUAUGAUGGCGGAUUUUCUCCUUUUUUGAUGCCCAUGAGAAAUAAAGUGUGGGAUAAGAGUCGAUCUGUAAUGUUGUGUGAGCGUGUUUCAAGGUUUUUUUUUCCUCUUCUUCUUUUCCUUUUUUUUUUCCUAUCUAUGGGAAGAUAUUUAAUACGUCGCUUGCUGAAGUCAUAUCAUCUUUGAUUUAUAUUCAAUCAAUGCAAUGAUUCAGUUUCCACUCCUCCUUGGUUCAUUAGUUUCACAUUAGCAUUGCAAAGAAACAGACAAAAAUAAGAGGAUAUAUAGUUCUUGCACUAAGAUAAUCAUACGGCUUAGAAUCAUCAGUUUUUCACUUCAUACAAGUGGGGCCCAUGAUUUGGUGAUCGACCAGAUCAUUGGUUUGUUGGGCCCCAAUGUAGAUGAACCAUGGCCUGAAAUCUCCCAGGCUGGAAGAUCCUAGCCUUUUUUGCUGUUGCGGCCUGAAAAUAGACAGUUAAUAAGAGAAAUGUGACAUUGGUCCUCAUUCCAGGGUGGUGCAUGUGGUGACCCUUUCUCUUGCACCUUGGGUUGUAACUGUUCAUUGGAUCUUGAUCUCUUGUAACCUUUUUGUGAUGAUUGGAAUUAAGUCAUUAGAGACUUGUUACUUUCAUUGUUCUAUUAUUUAAUUGGGUACAAAACAACUGUUUAUUGGAUCUUGAUCACUUGUAACCUUUCGUGAUGAUUGGAAUUAAGUCAUUAGAGACUUGUUACUUUCA